AUGACUGGCCGGAAUGUGAAAGAGUGCAAUAGGGCGUCACCGACGAUAACUUACGAUGACUUGAGCUCCCGUUGUCGCACUCAUUGUGACCCAAGGGGUGCUGAAAAUAUGAGAGCGAAGCUUCCCUUGAUCAGAGCUGUCCGUAGGGCAGGACAAAUCGUGACAUGGAUCUGUGAUCCAAUGCAUGGAAACACCAUCAAGGCACCUUGUGGACUCAAAACACGCCCCUUUGAUGCUAUUUUGGCUGAGGGGCGAGCAUUCUUUGAUGUGCAUGAGCAAGAAGGAAGCCAUCGUGGAGGAAUUCAUCUAGAGAUGACUGGCCAGAAUGUGACUGAAUGCAUUGGAGGGUCUCGGACAGUAACUUUUGAUGACUUGAGCUCUCGAUAUCACACACAUUGUGACCCAAGGCUCAAAGCUUCUCAAUCACUUGAGCUCGCUUUUAUCAUUGCUGAGCGACUCAGAAAAAGAAGGGUAGGAACUCAACGUCUGCUUUCCUCGGGCCUGUAGACAGCUCCAAGACCCCGUGUUAUUUAUAUGGGCAUUAGACUAGAUGUAUUUUGUGGUCAAUAAGUUUGCCAUGGAUCAUCUAUCAAACCUUGCUUUGCAGCCACCAUUUAUUGCUGUUACACUGGUAUGACAACGAAAGCAACUCGAAAAGUCUUGAGAUGAACUGAACAUCUGCAAGAUAUCUCUUCUACCAUUUCUCAAGCCAAUUCUUUCUGUGAAGGGUUUUUGCUCCUGUGGCUUUUGCGGUGUCCUCUGAGUGGGAGCUGCUAUUUGCAAGGUGCUGCUGAUAACUCGGUGAAUUUGUUUUAAUUUUUA